UUUUAACCUAAAAAAACAAAGGACUGGUGAUGAUGGUAUGAUUUGAUAAGUUGGAUCCAGUUUGAAGGUCUCAAGUGACAACAAAGUUUCUAACCACCUUACGAAAAGUUACAUUAAUAAGUUCUAUAAACAAUUAUUUAUUGUUGUGCUGAUAUGCAGAAAAAUCCGAAAAUAUCCUGUGUUGUUAACACCAGCACAAACGAUCGCGUUCGCCCAACUGAUAUCGUCGUCAAAGUUUACAAGAACAAAAUAUUUAUUGUAGCUACUGACUAUAAAAAAAUCGGUAAACUGAUAUCGGUGACUCAAGAAGGAGCUCUCCAGGAACUCGAAAGCACGACGUACGACGUAACUCCCAUUUUUGGAAACAGUAAAUUUGAAGAGUCCAGAGAUCUAGCCGUUGCCAAAUAUAUUGCACACGCUAUAGAAAUCGAUCGGCCUCUUUUACUAUCACUUGCUCUUGAAAGUUACGAUAAAUCAGUUUUAACCAUAAUCGUAGCAGCAAUUAAAAAAUUAAAAACCUGGUGAUUGCAUUUCUACUUCUCAAUAAUGUCGUUGGUAUUUGGUCAACUGGUGAUUGGUCCCCCUGGGAGUGGAAAGACCACUUAUUGCAAUGCAAUGUGUAAUUUUCUUGGAACUAUUGGAAGAAAAGUCGCCGUCGUUAACAUGGAUCCAGCGAAUGAGAAUAUGGAGUAUAAAGCAGCGGUUGACAUAUCUGAACUCAUAAAACAUAAUGAAGUAAUGGAGACAUACAAUUUAGGGCCCAAUGGGGCUCUUGUAUACUGCAUGGAAUUUCUCGAGAAAAAUGUCGACUGGUUGAUAAAAAGAGUCCUGGAACUGAAGGAUCACUAUCUCAUUUUCGAUUGCCCCGGUCAGAUAGAACUGUAUACACACCAUAAGUCAGUGGCUACUAUUGCAGAGAGACUGGGACAGAAUUUAGUUAGACUCUGCAGUGUUCAGCUUAUUGAUUCACAUCAUUGUAGUGAUGCGGGAAAAUACUUGUCGUCUCUUGUACUCUGCACUACCACAAUGCUACAAUUGGGCUUACCUCAUGUUAAUAUCAUGACCAAAUUGGAUCAGAUGAAGAAAUUCUGUGACCGGUUAGCAUUCAACAUAGACUUUUACACUGAAGUAUUGGAUCUAAAUUAUUUGCUUGAUAAACUCGACGAGGAUCCCAUGACUGCCAAAUACAAGAAACUCAAUGCAGCAUUGGUAUCUCUCAUCGAAGACUACAGUCUCGUGACUUUUCUACCACUCGACAUUUCAAACCAGGGCCUUCUUCUCCAAGUGAAAAAUGCAAUUGACAAAGCUAAUGGAUAUAUUUAUGGGGGUAAUGAGCCACAGGAUGUACAAACUCUGCUCGCUUGUGCUGUUGGUGCUGUCAGUGAAAAUGAAAGAAUGUCUACUCUAGACGCAUAUUUCCAGUAAUAAAAUAUCAUUCUAAUA